UUGAGGGAGGGGGAGCUGUCAGCGCCCAACGCUGCUGCUGCUGCUGCACACCGACACCUUAGCAUAGACACACAUGCUGUAGUUAGCUUGUAGCUAGCUGGUUAGCACCGGGGCAUUUAAAACAAAAAUAAUAAGUCUGUCACUUUAAACGUAAAAAUGAGCGAUAGCGGCAAAGGUUACGGCGAGCGGGAGUCUCGCUCUGCAUCCAGGAGCGUGAGUCCACGGGACUCUGGGAAGUCAGCGAGCCGCUCCCCGGCUCGCUCGCCCGCCCGCUCAAAAGAUGGCUCGCGUCACUCCCGCUCUAAAUCUCGGUCCCGGUCCAGGUCAAAAUCUGGGUCCCAUUCCCACCGCGGCUCACGCAGGCACUACAGCCGUUCUCGAUCCCGCUCGAGGUCCUAUCGUCGGAGAUCUCACAGUAGGUCCUACAGUGGGGAGCGCCGGCGCAGGAGCCACAGCCGCUCACCCAUGUCCAACCGCCGCAGGCACAUUGGCAACCGGGACUCUCCCAAUGGUUUGUUGCGUCUGCAGGCUAAUCCAGACCCAAACUGUUGCCUGGGAGUGUUUGGCCUGAGCUUGUACACCACAGAGAGGGAUCUGAGGGAAGUCUUUUCUAAAUAUGGCCCCCUGUCGGAUGUCUCGAUUGUGUAUGACCAGCAGUCGAGGCGAUCCAGGGGCUUUGCUUUCGUUUACUUUGAGAACAAAGAUGACGCUAAAGAGGCAAAGGAACGAGCCAACGGCAUGGAGCUGGACGGACGAAGGAUCAGGGUGGACUUCUCCAUCACAAAAAGACCUCACACCCCAACCCCUGGAAUCUACAUGGGCCGGCCCACGUAUGGCGGAGGCGGUCCCAGCGGUCCUCGACGCUAUUCGCGCGACUACGACCGCGGAUAUGACCGCGGAUACGACAGAGGCGGCUACGAUCGCUAUGAUGACAGAGACUACUACAGAUCAUACAGAAGGCGAUCUCCUUCACCGUACUACCGAGGGGCUUACAGGUCACGGUCCAGGUCACGAUCUUAUUCUCCCCGUCGUUACUGAGCGUUGCUGUCCACCCCAUCGUCUUUCCAAGCACACACGGGAAAUGUUUCUGAGUGGUAUGAGUGAUUUCAGAAUAGAUCUUCUUUCUUCUGUUUGCUAGUGUUCAUGAGCAGUAAAUGUAUACCGAGCACAGGUGUGAGGCUGCGUCGCUGGCAUGAUUUAAGUGGUCCUUUCAUGUUCUUAAUUUUAAAUGUACCGGCAACAUCUGCCAUAAAUUAUAUAUUGAUUUGUUCGUUGUUGGGUUUUUUUGGUUUUUUUUGUAAACUGAGUGCAAAUCCCAUCUUUGAACAGAUUAAAACGAAGAUGCAUUUUUUCA